AUGACUACUGCAAAGUACACUGUUCAGCUCGACCCUUCGAAGCCAAAGGCUCCUACUCGGGAUGAUGCCGACUUUCCAGAAUCAAUUCCUGAAGCAAAAGAUACCAAGACGCAUCCCAGCAAAGCAGGUGACGAGAAUGCCAGCAUCUACUUCAUCGGCACAGCAACGACUGUGAUCGAAUGGGAAGGCAUUCGAAUCCUGACAGAUCCCAAUUUCCUCCAUGCCGGUGAUCACGUCCAUCUCGGACCAGGAGUGCAAGGCACUCGGCGAACCAACCCAGCAAUCGAUUUGCACGAGUUACCGCACGUAGAUCUCAUUCUACUGAGCCAUUACCACGCAGACCACUUUGAUCAGAAAGUCGAACAGAGUCUGAGACGAGAUUUACCCAUCAUCACAACACCUCACGCCAAAGAAUGUCUUACGGAGAAGAAAUCCGAAGAGGAGAGAUUCACUCAAGUUUAUGAUUUGGAUCAUUUCGAAUCUGCGAUUCUUGAUAUCAAGCAAAAGAAGAAGAAUGAAGAGGAUCAUUUCGAUUCUGCGGUCCUCAACGACAAGGAUAAAACAACCGCAUCUGAAGAAGGAGCAGGAAACAACGGCAAGAAAGAAGAAAAGAACUCCACCCCCUCAAUCCAAAUCACCGGAAUGCCAGGCAAACAUGUCCCCCCCGGUCCCCUCUCCAUCGCAAACGACAUCCUCUCCGCCGUGCCCCCAACAAACGGCUGGAUGCUCGAAUUCGGCCACACUUCCUCCUCCCCACAAUCCUCCACCUUCUCCUCAGGCUACAGAAUCUACAUCUCAGGGGACACCCUCCUCGUUCCCGAACUCAGCACCAUAACCGAAAAAUACCGCGACCAAAACAUCGACCUCAUGCUCCUGCACCUCGGCGGCACAACAAUUCCCAGCCCGAGUGUUCCAUUACUAAUGGUGACCAUGGAUGCGAAACAAGGAGUUAAGUUGAUGCAGUUGAUUAAACCAGAUGUGACGAUUCCGAUACAUUAUGAUGAUUAUGAUGUUUUUUUGAGUCCGUUGGAGGAUUUUCGGAAGGAGGUUGAGAAAGAAGGACUAGGAGGGAAAGUUGUGUAUUUGGAUCGGGCGGAGGAGUAUAGGUUUCGGGUUGGAGGGGUGGGGGAGGGAGUGAGCGAGAAUUGA